ACGCAAAACAGGUUCCCACAGGUAUGUUUCCUCGGGCUGUCCUGAGCUGGAGUGUGUAUAUAAGCCUGUGGUCGGCCAGCCUGAGACAUCCUCACACGAUCCUCACACCGACAACAUGAAGCUCGUCGUGCUCGCCUGUCUGCUGGCUGUGGCUGCUGCCCGCCCUGACAAGGAUGCCACCAUCGUGACGGACGAACGUAACGACCAAGGGGACGGAAACUUCUAUUACCGCUUCGAGACCAGCAACGGCAUUCAGAAGGAGAAGACUGGCACCCCGGGAAUUGAGGGACAGAGCAACUACGUCGGCUCCUUCCAGUUCCCUCUGGACGACGGUACCCUCGCAACAUUCACAUUCGAGGCUGACGAGAAUGGCUACAGAGUUAACUCCCCGCUUCUCCCUCCCAUCCCUGAAUACGUCCAAAGGCAGAUCGACUUCGCUAAUUCCCAGGGCAAGCGCCGUUAAACCUUCGACCAAUGAACUUACACUUUCACACUACUCGAACCUCUUGCCACUCCUGUACAUAACCUGUGCCAGCCAUCAGCUUACUUAAAGUUGGACGCUACGCCCCAGGACACAAUCAUGUUAUCACUUUUUUUUCCCAAAUAAACAGCAAUAUAUGA